AUGAUCAGGGUAGUCUCGCCACAUCAGGCCAGUUGGUGUUAUCUCCACCUCGCCGGGGAAUGGAUUCCUGGUUUAGAAUGCCCGCUUCCAUGGAUCAUUUCGUUGACGCUGCUGUGGAUUGCUGCAUCGGAAGGGAGAUCGCGAGAGUGGAGAAGAGGAGCUCACCAAGAAUCCACUACAGCAAGACCAUCAAACACAUGCACAUCCAAAGCGCAGCGUGUCAUGAGGCUGGUUCGCCUGUCAUCGAACAAGAAACGCAAGGAAUUCAUUCUCUGCUUGUGCCACAUCUUCGACGACUUAGCGUCUGAAAGGACACUUUGCUCUCUGAUCCCUCGAUAUUCAACACCACCUGAAUCAUCCAGUUCAGCGGUGCAUCGGGCAGGAGAUGCUUCUGGCCUGGGUCAAGAGGAUAAACCCUCUAAUAUCACUGUGGUUGCCUGCAAACCAGACUUCUUUGAGAUUGACUGGUGGACCAUCUGGGUCUGGGAUCAACAGGACAGGCUUGAACUUGAGCCGUCGCUCGUGGAUAGACACAGCAUGACGGAUAUACCAUGCCGAAGGACUGGCGAUGGCUCUGUAUGA